AUGACAUACUCGUCCAAGUGGAUCAAUCAUGAUCUUGUGCCUUCACCGCCUGAGCGACGAACAUGGACUUGGAUAUCUAUGAGUUUAUAUUGGUGGAGUGGAGCCUUCAAUACGAAUCAAUGGUCCAGUGGAUCAGCCUUGAUAAGUGUUGGUCUUACUCUGUCGCAAGCUGUCGGCGCAGCCAUCAUUGGACAUCUGAUCUCUUCAGGAGUCGCGCUAUCCAUGGGACGUCCUGGUGCUACAUAUCACAUUGGUUAUCCUGUCAUCGCUCGCGGUGUAUUCGGCAUGUAUGGAGCCUACUUCUUCGUUGCCCUCAGAGCAUGCGUUGCCAUUGUCUGGUACGGCGUACAAAGUUUCUACGGUGGCAAGCUGCUCAGUGUCGCUAUACGCUGCGUAUUUGCUAGCCACUGGCAAAAUAUCCCGAAUUCCCUGCCUGAAAGUUCUGGGACAAAUUCGAGGGAGCUUCUUGCUUUCUUCCUGUUUUGGCUCAUCCAGUUUCCCUUUCAGUUCGUACAUCCAACAAGAAUUAGGCAUCUUUUCACUGUCUCGAGCUGUGUAGUGCCUGUGGCCUGCAUCGGCCUAUUUGCAUGGUGUGUAAAUUAUGGUGGUGGACUCCAUGCUAACGAGCUGGGCGUCACUACACAAGUGAGUGGAGGUGCGCUUGGAUGGGCAUUCAUGACGGGCAUCAAUUCCGUGAUGGGCACUCUCUCACCACUUUUGGUCAAUCAGCCAGACUUCACACGUUACUGCAAGAAGCCCAAGGACGCCAGUUGGCCGCAAGCCGCGUCUAUCUUCUUUAGUAAGACUUUAAUGCUCUUCCUUGGGUGCGGAGCAACGGCUGCGACGCAGGCAAAGUUUGGGACGGCAUUUUGGAAUCAAUGGGAUUUGCUGUCGGCUAUUCUGGACAGGUUUUGGGGUCCAGCGGCGCGGGCGGGCUGCUUCUUUGCCUCAAUAGGAUUUUGCCUCAGUAUUCUCACCACUAAUUUUGCAGCGAACAGCAUGCCAUUCGGAUCUGAUGUCACAGGUCUGCUACCAGAAUACAUUACCAUCAAGCGAGGACAAGUGAUCUGCAGUAUCCUUGGAAUUGCUGUCGUACCUUGGGAGCUACUUAGGAGCGCACAGGGUUUUCUAACGUUCCUCGGUUCUUACUCAAUAUUCAUGGCACCUUUGUGCGCAAUCAUCAUCUGCGACUACUUCAUCAUCAAACGUGGGAAUAUUCACGUUCUAUCGCUAUAUGAUCCGACCCCUGGAAGUCUAUACUAUAAUAUCAAAGGCUGGAACUUCAUUGCCACGGGAUGCUGGGUCACUGCUAUGCUUUUGGGGCUGCCUGGACUGAUAGGUGCGUACGACCCCCAGCUUGUCUCCGAAAUUGCUGUGCACAUGUAUCAGACCGGCUGGCUCAUUACAUUCGUUGCUGGAUUUGUAUUCUACUUCGUCAUGGCUGGAUUCGUGUUUCCACCUAGAGUACUCCCGGAGAGGUCUGCAGGUCCUUUUGUUGAGAUGAGGAAUAGCAAGGGAAAAUUGAGGUACGAAGCAUUGGCUGCUACAGAUGGGUAUCUCGAAGGCGAAUCUAUUGAAGAUUUACAUCAUAGUGUAUCGAAGAUCAACCGGGUGCCAGUGAUCGAGCAGAAGAUGUCAGAGAAUUCGAGACAGAAGGAGGCUUGUGUGGCUUCAAAGGAACUCAUUGUUUGA